UUUAUACACAAUUUUUCAUAGAAAUUUUACAUUCAUUUUAAUUGUUGCACUUAAUUUAAUAAAAUGGUCUUCUUUACAUGCAAUAAUUGUGGUGAAUCUGUUAAAAAACCCUCAGUUGAAAAACAUUAUAACACACGAUGCCGUAAUAAUCCUAAAAAUAUUUCGUGUAUGGAUUGCCAAAAGGAUUUCCAUGGUGAGGAAUACGUAGCACACACAAAGUGUAUAUCAGAAGCUGAAAAAUAUUCUGGUAAAAAUUAUGUGGUCAAAGAAAAGGCAAACAGUGGCCUAAAGAAACAGGAAACAUGGAUGGAUAUUGUUCGAUCUAUUUUGGAAUCUACGGAAUAUCAGUUGUCAGCACAAACCCGCAACAUAUUUCAACGUCUACAAAGUUAUGAUAAUGUGCCGCGUAAGAAGGCUAAAUUCCAAAACUUUGUUGCAAAUUGUAUGAGAAUACCCCAAAAUCAAGCACAACCUGUGUGGGAGGUUUUGGAAAAAGAAUUGGAAAACAUGAAAAAGGUUAAGCAGGAAGAGAUGGCAGCUACCAAAGCGGCUAUUGAGGAGUCGAAAAAAGCCAAGGAAGCUGAGGUGAAACAAGAGAAUGGCUUAAAACGCAAAACUGAAGAAUCCAAUGGCGUUGAGGAAAAUGUUGAAAAGAAAAAGAAGAAAAAAGAUAAGACAGAGGCUGUAGAAGAAAAUGGUGCAGUAGAAGAGGAAACAUUCCAAUGGUCUACGGUAUUAGAGAAAAUUGUAGCUAAACACACAGAAGGCAUAGCGUUGGAUAAACUGAAAAAGAAAUUACUUAAAAAAUACAUAAGUAAACUUGACCUACAAGAGUUGAAUGAGAAACAACAAAAGAAAUUUGAAAAGAAGUUCUCCAAGACCCUGAAAAAAUGCCCAGCCGUACAAGUGGAAGCUGAAAUAGCUAAACCCUGCUAAUAAUAACUAAACAUUGGUAGUACAUAUUUUUAAGUAAUAUAAGAUUUUAGUAUAAUUAUUAUAUUUUUCUAAAUAUAUUGCAAAAAUUUUAUUACAAAACAAAAAACCACACAAAUAUU